AUGUCUGACGUUGAGGAGACCCCUGUCGAUGUCCAGGUCGAGGAGACCGAGGCUGCCCCUGCCCCCCAGGGCGGUGCUAUGAGCAUUGAGGAUGCUCUUCAGCAGGUGCUCAAGAAGGCCUUGGUGCACGACGGUCUUGCCCGUGGUCUGCGUGAGGCCACCAAGGCCCUUGACCGCCGUGAGGCCCACCUGUGUGUGCUGUGCGAGACGUGCAAUGAGGCCGAGUACAUCAAGCUCAUUGAGGCGCUGUGCAACAAGCACGACAUCAACCUCCUCAAGGUCUCGGACCCCAAGACGCUCGGCACGUGGGCGGGUCUGUGCAAGAUUGACCGUGAGGGUAACCCGCGCAAGGUGGUCGGCUGCUCGUGUGUGGUGGUCCGCGACUAUGGUGAGGACUCGGAGGGCCUGAACGUGCUCCUCGAGUACUUCAAGAGCCAGCGUGCCUAA